ACACUGGAUUAAAGUUAUAAUUCUAUAAAUAAGAUCUCCAAGGUUUUCUGAAUUCCAGAUAAGAAAACCCUAGAGCAAUUUAUCUGGAAAUUUCUCUUCUUUCUUGCGCAGCCGCCUCUAUAAUCAACAUGCCUCGACGAAGCUCUGGAGGAAGAUCUGCACCUCGUGCUGCUCCACGACGUAGUCCACCCCCUGCACCAGUUCAACAUGCUCCUCCUCCAGCACCAGCACAAAGUGGUGGUGGUGGAGGAUCGUUACUUGGAGGCAUUGGCUCAACCAUAGCUCAGGGCAUGGCUUUUGGUACUGGAAGUGCAGUGGCACACAGGGCUGUGGAUGCUGUCUUGGGUCCGCGAACCAUCCAACAUGAAACUGUGGUCUCUGAGGCUGCUGCCACCCCAGCUCCAACCACAAACAGUCUUGCUGGUGCUGAUUCCUGCAGUAUGCACUCCAAGGCAUUCCAAGAUUGCAUCAACAACUUUGGAAAUGACAUCAGCAAGUGUCAGUUCUACAUGGAUAUGCUUGCUGAAUGCAGGAAGAACUCAGGCUCUGUGAUGAGUGCAUAGAUGAUGGCAUAUUCAGCUAUGAACUUGUGAUAUUUGAUACGACUGUUAUGUUGUAAUGUGGAGCAAGUUCAGGAUCUACAUUUAAUAAGUUUAGGGUUAUUUAAUAAUUUUAUGUCGGAAACACAUUGAACUCUGACGUUGUUAUUGAAAUUUUGUUGUUUUUAAACAUGAAUGGUGCUUGCUCGGAUAAAAAGAUUUAAUUGAUUGCUGUUUGUGGCUUA